AUGGCCUCCCUUUUGCCCACCAGCGGGCCGAGCUCGCCAUUGAGCUCCCCUCCCUCUGAGGUCUCUGACUCUGAAGUCUCCUUCCUCUCGAGAUCCCCUACACCGCCCGCAGAGCUCCAACGCUCGUUCGCCCAACAGCGCGCCUACUGUUCCCCGUCUUCCUCCCAGCGCUCGUCCACCAAGGCCUCUCCUGCACCCGAAGACAUGCCCUCUCCCCCUUCAAGCAAUGACGAAUGCCCACGCCCCCGCAAAAGGAGAAAGCUCGCUGAGCCAAAGGAACGUACAGCCGAGUUCCUUGACUUGUCGGGCCCAGAGAUUGCCCCACAAGAGCUCCCCCAACUCCAGCGACUAUUGAGCGUCCUGCACAAGAAGCGGAAGAUUGUGGUCAUCGCUGGUGCUGGCAUUUCCGUGUCGGCGGGCAUUCCUGACUUCCGAUCGGCCACGGGCUUAUUCAACACGCUCAAGAAGGAGCACAAGCUCAAGUCGUCGGGCAAGGACCUCUUCGACGCUUCAGUCUACCAAGACGAUACAUCUACUUCGACCUUCCAUGACAUGGUGCGUACACUGUCUCACCAUACCAAGUCUGCACAGCCCACGGCCUUUCACCAACUUCUGGCCACCUUGGCUCAAGAGGGGCGCCUGAUGCGACUCUACACGCAAAACGUCGAUGGAAUCGAUACAUCACUACCACCUCUCAGUACUCAAGUCCCUUUGCCAAAGAAGGGUCCUUGGCCUAGGACUGUUCAAGUGCACGGAGGUCUCGAUUACAUGGUCUGCUCAAAAUGCCAUGCGCUGAAGCCUUUUGACGCUGAAAUGUUUAAUGGCCCUACCCCUCCCCCUUGUGCAGAAUGCGUCAGUCUAGAUCAGGCCCGUCAAGCCGUCGACAAACGUAGCCACGGUAUUGGACGACUUCGCCCACGGAUGGUGCUGUACAACGAGCACAACCCCGACGACGAAUCGAUUGGCUCUUGCGCAACCUAUGAUAUGCGUAUGCGACCAGACGCUGUCAUCGUGGCCGGCACCACCUUGAAAGUUCCGGGCGUUCGACGCAUCGCUCGGGAAAUGUGCAACAUCGUUCGGGAUCGCAAGGACGGUGUCACGGUCUGGCUCAACAACGACCCGGAACCAUUGGGCAAGGACCUCGAGGACGUGUGGGAUUUGGUCGUCAAGGGUCCCUGUGACGAGGUCGCUCGCCAUGCCAACAUGCGCAAAUGGGAUGAUCCGAUGGACUACAAAGUGGUCACGGACGAGGACAUUAACAAAGCCAAGGAAAACAAGAGAGUGGAGGUCAUUAUUGGCACGCCCAAGAAGUCUGGUGUGCUCUGCAGUGCAGGUCAGCUAACGCCCGGCCAAAGUCCACGACUGCAUCCCCGCUCCAUGGUCAACGAGGAGCCUUCAACGCCUUCCAAGAAGGGUACCAAGCGAAAGGUCGAAGGGCAGAAGGAUCUUUUCGGCAACGUUGCGACAAAACCACUUGCGACAAGGCCCAAGGCGCAAUCGAAGAAGGCGACAGCAGGCAAGAGCAAGGCGAAGAAGGAGUCGAAGAAAGAAAGUACGGCCAUCAACAACGUCUUCAAAACGACCAAGGGCGCCGUCAAAGCGGCUGGCAAGCCAUCUGCUAAAGCAUCCGAUCCGGCACUCACAAUCAUCGACUCGAGGCAUGUCUCUAGACUUUUGCCCACGCCCAAGGAGAACCUCGGCGACAACAUUCAUGUGGAGAAGCGUCGAGACCCUAGUACACCCAAGAGACCAGCAAAACUUACAAAGCUAAAAGGAACCUACGUCAUGGCACCUCUAUCAGAUGUGGACGGUCGCAACAACCACUCGCCACAGCGUCCAGAAGUAGAAAGCCUGACACCGGUAAAGCCGCGUACGCCUAGUGAACAGCUACGCGAGGAGGCAGGCUACCCAUUGUUCGCAUCGCCCUCGAGUGACUCUCGUCCUUCAACGGCCUCAUCGCAACGACACGAAAUCAUCAGAUCUCCAUCUAUUCCCAAUCAGAUGGAGAACAUACUCUGUUAG